AUGGACCGCGGCGGUCUUGCCUUGCGCCUGAAUACCACCACUUUCUCGCCCAUCUCCGAGGAGUCACUCGGCUGGCUUGCUGGCAGCUUCCAGAGAAAGAAGGACGCCCUUGAUCGGACGAGGUUGGCAAUGCUUCAAACCGUGGGGUACUGCAUCCCGGACGCCGUUUACUCUGAGAUGGCAACGGCAUACCCGCGACUUCUACCCUUGCUGGACCGCCUGAAGCGAGAGGGGCGUCGGUCGCCACUUGAGGCCACGCUCUUGGCCAUGGAACGCCGCGGACCCUAUGGCGAAGCUCCUUCGGUCUACCGCGAUCAUCAACCUGCGAUAGCGAAUUCCAAGACGCCGUGCGACGCCGUGCGGAAUUACUGGCCCGAGGUUGUCGAAACGACGCCGGAUCGACGCGCAUGGAAUCCUUUCUCCAUUGUAUACAGCACCAUCGAGCCCUGGACGGUCCCAUCCCAUACGCAGAUGCGCAGGCUGGAGUCAGAACUACCUGUGUACCAGAGUCAUCGCGCUGGUUUGACAGCCGAUCGCUCAAUCCACCGCUUGUCGGCUGCUGCGGCUGCCAUCUACUUUUUGGAAUCCAUCCCCCACGAGAACCGCACCCACCUCCGGAGAAUCAUCCUUGACGAAAAGGAUGAAGCUGUUUCGAACUCGGAGUGCUAUACCCGAGGCCUCAUACUGUUUGUCAGGAAUACCCUCUUCUCCGAAUCGAACGACACGGAAGCUAUUAAUAUCGACUUUGACCUCAACGACUACAAGGAGCACGUCAUUGGCGAAGGACGCGGCGUGAAGGCGGCCUCGUACAUCGAGUGCAAGCUUGCCGGUAGCAAGCAGGCCGUCUGGGGUGUUGGAAUCCACGAGGAUAUGGUACAUAGCUUCCUGAUUGCUUUCCUCAGCGCGGCCAGCAAUGAGAACGACAUCCCCAGCGUCAUCUCCGUUCUCGAGGAGAAGGCCAACGGGAUGUAA